GCCCGGAGCCCGGCUGUGCCAUGGAGGAUCCGCCCAGCACCAGGACUGAGGCGUGGGCCGAGGGGCUCCAUAAUGCCAACAACAAUGCAUCCCCGGGGGGGUGGCCAGGUGCCCGCGGUGGGCACCCCCUGGCAGCUUUCGGGAGUCCCGGGGCCAAGCCCAGCUACCUGGACCGUGUGGUGCAGGAGAUCGUGGAGUCAGAGCGCACCUACGCCCGUGACCUGCGCAGCAUCGUGGAGGGUUACCUGGGCAAGAUCAUCGACGCGGAGGAGCCAGUGCUGCGGCCGGAGCAGGUCAGCGCGCUCUUCGGGAACAUCGAGGACAUCUACGAGCUCAGCAGCACCCUCCUGCAAAACCUGGAGAGCUGUGCCAAUGACCCCGUGGCUGUGGCUGUGUGCUUUGUCACCCGGAGCCAGGAAUUUGCCAUCUACACCCAGUACUGCAAUAACUACCCUAGCUCGGUGGCAGCACUGACCGAGUGCAUGAGGAGCAAGGUCCAGGCACGGUUCCUCCGGGAAUGCCAGGAGCGGCUGCGCCACGCGCUGCCCCUCGGAGCCUACCUGCUUAAGCCAGUCCAGAGGAUCCUCAAGUACCACCUGCUCCUCCAGGAGAUUGCCAGGCACUUCGAGCACAAGGCGGGGGAUGACUACGAGCUGGUGCUGGAGGCCAUCGACACCAUGACCUGCGUGGCCUGGUACAUCAAUGACAUGAAGCGCAAGCACGAGCACGCCAUCCGCCAGCAGGAGAUCCAGUCGCUGCUGCUGGGCUGGAAGGGUCCGGACCUGACAAGCUACGGGGAGCUGGUGCUGGAGGGCACAUUUCGGGCACAGCGGGUGCGCCACGACCGUGCCCUUUUCCUCUUUGACAAGGCCCUGCUCAUCACCAAGCGCCGCGGCGACCACUACGUCUACAAGAGCCACAUUCCGUGCUCCUCGCUGAUGCUGAUUGAGAGCACGCGGGACUCUCUGUGCUUCAGCCUGGCACACUACAAGCAUGGCAAGCAGCAGCACAGCCUGCAGGCCAAGAGUGUGGAGGAGAAGCGCGUGUGGACUCACCAUAUCAAGCGGCUCAUCCUGGAGAACCACCAUGCCACCAUCCCCCAAAAGGCUAAGGAAGCCAUCCUGGAGAUGGACCUGUUCUACCCCCCACGCCUGCCUCGCUGCAGCCCUGAGCGCCUGAAGAAGAGCUGGUCCUGCCAGCCCCUGGGUGACGGUGCCACCGAGCCACUCCAGGGACGCCGGCAGUCUGAGCCCUUCCAGCACCAGGGGCACACGGAGACGCUGCUGGAGCGGCUGCAGGGACAUGAAGGGCGCAGGCAGUCGGAGCCCACCAAGAACAACCUGUGGCACCUGAACGAGCAAGGGUUGAAGAACACCGGCAGCGAUGGGGCGCUCCUGGAAGUGGGGGAGCCACCCCAGCAUCCCAAAGCCUGGGCAGCAGCUGAGGGCAUGGUGGCGGAGGAAGAGGAGGAGGAGGAGGAGGAGGAAGAAGAGGCUUUGGGCAAGGACUGCCAGAAGGAGCUGCCGGGGGCCGGGGAUCUGCUGUUGGAGCCCCAGGAGGAACAGGCCGGGGGACACCCAUGGGUGCUGGAGGGACCCAAACGGCCAAGCAGCUGGGGGCCAGGGAGCUGUGAGAAGGUCAGUGCAACGCCCCGGCCCUCACCUGGCAGUGCUCAGGGAUCCAGCACCCACCCCCCUAACAGCAGUGCUGGGGAGCACCCCAGGGUCCCCAAAUCCCCGUCCCUGGUGGGGACCCUGGCGUUGCCCAGUGGGGACAGGGAACCGGAGCGCGCUGCGGAGGAUUUGCAGGUGCUGAGCAGCGAGGAAGAGGAGGAGGAAGAGGAGGAGGGGGAAGGUGCCGCCAGCAUCCUGCCACCCUCAGUGCUGGACCAGGCCAGCGUCAUCGCGGAGCGGUUUGGUGGCGGCAGCAGCUUGUCUCGAAGGAGCAGCCUGGCCAUGGAGGGGCCCCUGGGACGCACCCCCAGCCAUGGUGGCAGCACCCUCAGCCUGGAUGGGGGCCCCCCACUCGAAUCUGGGGAGCCUGGGGGGUCCCGCAGUGCCAUCCCCUCGCCCGAGCCCUUCACCAGAGCCCGCCGGGAAUCGCUGCUCUCCAACCGGGACCGCCUGCUCCUCGACAAGAUCAAGAGCUACUAUGGCCAUGCCGAGAACCGCGAUGCCGGUUUUGGGGUGCGCCGCCGCGAGAGCCUCUCCUUCAUCCCCAAGGGGCUGGUGCGGAGUUCCGUGUGCCGCCUCAAUGGGCUGCCACGGCCCCCCGAGAGCCCUGAGCCCCCCACCCAGCCCGAGGCACCAGAGCCAUGCCAGGAGAACGGGGCGCAAGCCCCCGAGCCGCUGCUCAUUCUGGAGGAAGAUGAUGUGGGAACCACGGCGUCACCCCCGGGGCCAUCCCCGCAGCUGCUGCUGACACCCCCUCACCUGGGCUCCAAGGUGUACCAGCUGGCACGGCAGUACAGCCUCCGCAUCAAGAGCCGCCGUGCCGGCAGCCGCCGUCCCCCGCUGCUGCCGCAAGAGGACGGGGACCCCUCUCCCACAACCCCUUCGCUGGCUGUGCCGCGGGACGAGGCACUGGAGGCGUCCCCGUCCCCGCGUGCCCCCCGCAGCCCCUCCAGCCCCGUGGGCAGCGAGCACUUCGCCUGGCCCGACGUGCAGGAGCUCCGUGCCCGUUUCGGUGCCCCGCGGCCGCCGCCGGUGAGCCGAAGCCGCUCGGCGCCCGAGGGUCCCGGCCGCGGUGGGCGCCCAACCGGGAAGGAGCGGGGCGGCGGCCGGAGCCGCAGCGCCGAGGCCACCGGGGGCUCCGACACCCCAAACCCGGCACCAGCGCGGUACAGCAGUGACGGGGCGCUGUGGGUGGCGGCCGAAGCCCCUCUGGGUCCCGGGCAACGGGUGCUGGUGCUGGAGCGACUGCCGGAGCCCCCGGCCUACGUGCAGAUCCGCUCGCCCACCACUCGGGAGAAGAUCUGCCUGAAGGCGGUGGUGGAGCGCUGCAAAGCCUACCAGGCGUCCGAGGAGUACCGGCGGCGCUGCCCCGAGCCCCCCGGCAGCCCCGAGCCGCUGCGCCAUGGCCUCGUCAGGGACCUGCGGCAGAAGUUUCAGACGCUCGACGCUGCCAGCUAGGGGCAGGGACAGGUAGAAGGGGUGGCCUGUGGACCCCCAUGGGAAAGAGCACCCCGUGGACCCCCAACUUUCCUGGGAGAAGGGGCACCACAUGGACCUCAAGUCUAGUUGGAAGAAGGGUCACCCUGUGGAUCCUCAAACUGCCUGGGAGAAGGGGCACCGAAUAGACUUGCAACUUAUUUGGAAGAAGGGGCACCCCAUGGCCUCCCCAACCGACCUGGCAGAAAGAGCACCCUGGGGACUCCCAACCUGCUCUGGACAAGGCACACCCCCAUUCUCUCUGCCCACAGGAACGGGGCACCCCAAGAACCUCCCUCUACAAGCACCAGAGGCCCCCGGUGCCCUACAGGCACCCAGCACUGCACCCUGCUUGCUUUCACAUCUUUAUUAGAAAAAAAACCCCAAACUGAA